UCCGUCAUGAAGAACCCGGUGCAACGCAUCCAACCACGGUUUGCCUCCCGUUUCCUGGUUGCUUGUGCGUGUAGCAGUGUGUUCGCGGCUCUUGCCAGCUGUCAAAACGCCGUGCUGAGCGCUGGUGAACGGUACGGUGACGCCGAUAGUCUGAUCAUCCACAAGCCACCGUCCGAGCAGUGCAUCGCGCAGACGGGCGUCAGCGCCGCGGCCAUCUUACGCUUCAUCGACGCGGAACCGACCGAUGACGGCGAUCCGAAGCUGAAGUGCUACAUGGACUGCCUGUUCCGGGCACUGGACUUGACUGACACUAAAGGCGAGGUGCACCUGGGCAAACUGAUGGAAACCAUCAAGCCCGAGUUCGAGACCGUUCAGCUGGGGAUGGGUUCGAAGUGCACGAAACCGAAAGGGAAGGAUCUGUGCGAACGAGCGUUCUGGUUCCACAAAUGCUGGAAAACGGCGGAUCCGGUGCACUACCACGUCAUCUGGCACGAGGCGAAGAAGGCCAACAAUGAGUGAAUAAGUUGCUGACUGCUGACUGUUGCUGCUGUAUUUAUUGCUUCUGAUGCACACACAUUUCCAAACACCAAUCAUACAUGAUUCCGCGAAAGUUGUGGGAAGAAAAAAAAGUACCAAGUCGACGAAGAGACUGCCGCAUGGGCUGCGCAAAGCGAUAGAAGUUUGAAAUAAAAUGUGUACUU